AACGAUAUCGAUAACCUCGAUCUUUGCAUAUUUUCAAUUAAUUUUCUUUCCAUUAUCUUGGCAGCAUUGAUUUUAAAGCACACAAUAGUUUUAUAUCAAGAUUUUUAUUUCGUGUUACCAACUUUAUUAUAUUUCUUCUUUGCGUGGAAUAAUUAUAACCUAUGUGAUAUUUAACGUUAUGUAUAUCUACAUUAAUUAUCAUUAUCAAUAAAAGUCAUCUAUAGAAAGUAUUAUUUUAAAGGUUACGAAUAUUAACUAGAUACGAAGGAAUUUUAAUUGACAAGUUAUAAUAUCAAUGUAAACUUUAUAAAAAUGUUGAAACGUCCAUUCAAAGAAGUAGAGCCUACCAUGAGUGAACAAAAAGAAUCAGAAAAUUCUUCAGAUGAAGAGGAACAGGAAACUGAGACUACUGAUAAUGUCAUGAAUGAAAAUGAUAUUGAAGGUGUCGAAGAGGGACCUACUGCUCCAGAAAUUGGAUUUACAGCAUUUAAUAUGAAAGAUGAAUUAGAGGAAGGUUAUUUUGAUAAACAAGGCCAUUACUUAUUGAAAAAAAGAAAGCAAAUAAGAGAUAAUUGGCUAGAUAAUAUUGAUUGGGUUAAGGUAAAACCUAGAUCUGGGCAAAACGUUACAGAAAAAUCAGCAAAGAAAUUUCACAGUUUAGCUGAUAGCGAAAGUGACGAUGAUGAAACAGAUAUUAUGUUUGAUCCGAUUCAUCUGUAUAAACAAAUACUCGAAUAUCUAAAACCUGGAGAAACUGUAUCUAAAGCUUUAUGUAGACUUGGCAAAGGUAAAAAGAAAUUGACAAAUGCUGAAAGGUGGAAGAGGAAAAAGGAAGGAAAAAGUUUAGAAAUGGAUGAUCAAAAUUCUGUACAAAUAACUAAAUUGACAGAAUUAGCUAAUGAACUGUUAACACGUACUGGUAAUAUGGAUAUAUAUCAAGAAAGUUAUGAGCUUAUUAAUAAAAAGGUUCAAGAUCGUGAGAAACAUAGUCAUCCAUCUAAGAAGGAGGCAGAUUUGGACAUGUAUGCGGAUGACUUUGAUGUAAAAGAAAAAGCAAAGUUAGAUGAAAAUAAUACGAACAAUGAAGUAGAUAAAAAAUCCGAAGAAACAGAAAAUAAACAAAAUAAUGAUGACAUAGAACAAGUAUCAUGGGAAUUAAAGUGGUCGCAAGUAGAAGAUGCCGAAGUGCAUGGUCCGUAUACGUCUGAACAAAUGCAUGAAUGGUCGAAAAAAGGUUAUUUUAAGAAAAGUGCAUGGGUAAGAAAAAGUGGCCAACAAACUCAGUUUAAUAGUGCAUCCAGAGUGGAUUUUGAAUUAUACCUGUGAUAUGCACAAUAUUUUAUUGAUAAUUAUAAGAACCUUAUCAUAUAUUUUACUUUUUAUAAUUAAAUAUCUCUAAU